AUGUCGGAGGCCGUGAUCUACAUCCAAGCGGAGCCUUUUGCGCUUACAAGGCCUGCAGACCGGCAGAUCUUUCGCUCAAAGUUCAUCGUGCUUGUCAACGACUGUUGGCACGUCGUCGAGCACGUCGCGGAGCCGGGCAACGAUGUGCUCGAUUUGCUGCUGGCCGCCUACGUGAUCUCCAGCAACAAGUCGUCUUUCUCCAUCACAGAGGCAGACCUGGAGCAGGCCAGCGUCGACGCGGUCAUCGGCGUCCUGCGGACCAUGGUGUCGCUGCGCGCCAACCUUGAGGGGGCGGCAAAGAACGUGCCGGUGCAAAAAGAGUACGGCCACACAACGCGGUCUGUGAUCACCGUGGUGGACGAGUGGGGCACGCGGAUGAUCGUGCUGCUUGCGCUGGCCAAGGCGGAGGUGGUCACCCAGAGGAGGCAGCUUGCGGCAGCGGACAUCGAUGAGGCAGUCAAGCAGCUGGAGGGGCUCAACGUGAGCAAGCCACCAGAGCUGCAGGCGCUGCCUGCGGGCGCGGGACCCGAUCAGGUGGAGGCCGCGGUGCAGAGGAUGCAGGCGCUGUGCGUGCAGGAGCUGAUGACUGUCUGA